GUGUGUGUGUGUGUGUGUGUGAGUCCGUGAUCGACAAAAGAAUCCGGAGAUCCGGAUAACAGCACAUCACCGACAACCGGCCCGUCCGGAACGAGCUCUUCCUCUCCUCCUCUCUCCUCUCCUCCUCUCUCCUCCUCUCCUCUCUCGUCUUCUCCUCCUCUCUUCUUCUCUGAAACAGCGGAUCCCUGAUUCACCGGAACAGCGCGCGUGAGCGUGCGGACUAACCAGAGCGCGUGCGUCCUUCCCUCUGUGUGUUCGCUCUGAACGGGAUCCAGAUGUUGGUGAUGGUGAUGAUGGUCUCGUGCGGGUGAAAUCGGACCCUAGCCGUCGCUGUUCGACUCGGACCCCCCACCCCCUCCCCUCCCCUGUGUGUGUGUGUGUGAGGCGGCUCGGGAUGGGGAAGGAGCAGGAGCUGCUGGAGGCGGCGCGCACCGGGAACGUGGUGCUGGUGGAGAAGCUGCUGAGCGGAAAGAGAGGACUGCUGGGCUCCAGCUCCGGCUCCAUCGCUCUGCCCGGGUUACUCAGCAUAUGGAGAGGACUGAACGUCAACUGUGCAGACAGCUCAGGAUACACACCUCUGCACCACGCUGCACUCAAUGGACACAGGGAUGUGGUGCUGAAACUGUUGCAGUUUGAAGCCUCCACUAAUGUGCCUGAUAAUAAAGGAUGCUUCCCUUUGCACUUGGCUGCCUGGAGGGGAGAUGUAGACAUCGUCCGAAUCCUCAUGCACCACGGCCCAUCCCACUGCAGAGUCAAUGAACAGAACCAUGAGAAGGAGACAGCGUUGCACUGUGCGGCUCAGUAUGGCCACUCGGAGGUGGUGUGUGUCCUGCUGCAGGAGCUGACAGACCCGAGCAUGAGAAAUCGGUGUGGGGAGACACCACUGGACUUGGCAGCACUCUAUGGGCGGCUGCAGGUGGUGCGUAUGCUGCUGAAUGCUCACCCCAACCUCAUGAGCCUCAACACACGGCAACACACGCCUCUGCACCUCGCUGCCCGCAAUGGACAUCACACCACCGUGCAGGUGCUGCUGGAGGCCGGCAUGGACGUCAACACAGAGACGGAGAAGGGCAGCGCUCUACAUGAGGCUGCUCUAUAUGGAAAGAUGGAUGUAGUUCGGCUCCUGCUUGACUCAGGGAUUGACGUCAACAUUCGGGAUUGCCAUGGGAAAACUGCACUUGACAUACUAAGGGAACAUCCAGCCCAGAAAUCACAACAGAUCACUGCUCUCAUACAAGAAUUUAUGAUGGCAGAGAAUGACAAACGACAAGUAGCAGAUGAGCCGAUUCGCCAGUGUCCAGUGCCUGCACCUCGUACCUCCAAACCCUCACCUGCUGCCUCGCCAUCACUCAGACACAAAAACGAACCAGUGACAGGGGAAUUGUCAAAGUUACUGAAUGACAUAAAGAUGUGCCGGGACAGGGAUUACUCCUUCGAGGAGCUUUGCCAGGCCAUUUCGUCACACUCGCAGUCCAUGGAGAGCUUCUGCAGUGGCACGCUUUCGGACGAGGACAGAAACACUACACACAUCAGUAAGUGGCCUACUCCUCCGUUGCCCACAGCAAUGGAGGAAGAAGAGAAAGCUUGUGGCCCUUCAGGCCUGUGGGAGGCACUUACACCCUGCAACGGCUGCAGAAACCUGGGAUUUUCACAGGAUUCUAAACAUUGUGUGGAGAUCAUCCAGUCUUCCUCUCUGGACGUUUUUUCACCUGAGGAGGAAGAUAAUCCAUACGAGUCAGUGACCACGGCUGUCACGCGUAAACCCUGCUCACUGGACAUCCACCUCCUUAACGCCUGUCCCCGCAAUGGCCAUUCUUUGGAUGUUUCGACUGCCGAUGUGGAGCAGCGUAACCAUGGUGAUGACUACAGCAGUCUGACUCCAGACUGUUCCCCUCCCUCUCCUGGUACUGCACUGAAGAACAUUGAGAGAGUUAUCCGCCCCCAGCCCAAGCAGCGCACAUCUCUGUCCUCAUCGCAGGAUGUACAGCGGACAGUACCGAGCCAUAGUGGUGAGCCGUCUGAGGUGAGCUCAUCUCUGGGCUAUGCCAGCUUUAGCACCAGUCCACCUGCUAGUCCUCUCAUCAGUCCAGCGAACUACUCCACUGGGUCAGCUGAGGACUGCCCCCUUGCUGAUGAGGUGGUGGAGCAGAGGGAGACAACGCUGAAAGACGAUCGUAGGGAGAGUCGCGUUCCCGAGCAGUUUGCCGGCCUGCUGCACGGCUCAUCUCCAGCCUGUGAGUCCCCGGAUAAUCCUUACCAGCUGUACAGCAAAGUGCGCAAAGAUCCUUCACAGAGGCACAGCAACCUGCUGCUCGCACCGAACCACGCCGUGCCAUUCCCUGCUUCGAAGACCCAGAAAGAACCUAAACCUCAGGUAGUGUACCGCACCAUCUUUCACACAAGAGUCAACCAGAACCCAUCUGUACAGGGAAAGAACGAAGUGAACAGGAGUGGAGAAGGUGGGAAUAACAGCGCAGGGUGCUACGAGGAGAGAGCGUGCACUCUUGGAAGGAUGCGCUCCGGAGUGUCGAAGAAUGUGCCGGAACUCCAGCUUUCCAGGAGCCUUUCCAAGUCGGACUCCAACCUUGUGGUGGCAUCGCCCAUCGAGGAGGAAAAGCGGAAUUCUCGAGGUCAAAACAGCCCAACCAGACUGGAGCGUACCCCUUCCUUCACAGCUGAGUGGGAGGAGAUUGAUAAAAUCAUGAGUUCCAUUGGUGCUGGGAUCGGGACAGAGCUCAAGGAGAAUGAUGAAGACCGCACAGGGCCGCGCUGCCCUGUGCAGUCCGUGGGUCAGUGGCUCGACAACAUCGGCCUCGUCCAAUACGAGAACCACUUGCUGGCCAACGGCUUUGACAACGUGCAGUUCAUGGGCAGCAAUGUGGUGGAGGACCAGGACCUGCUGGAGAUUGGGAUUCUAAACUCGGCACACAGACAGCGCCUGCUGCAGGCCAUCCGCCUACUUCCCAGGGUGCGACCCAUAGGAUAUGAUGGCAAUAACCCCACCUCAGUGGCAGAAUGGCUGGAGUCACUCGAGCUGGGAGACUACACCAAGUCAUUCCUCAUCAACGGCUACACGUCCAUGGAGCUGGUGAAGAAGAUCUGGGAGAUUGAGCUCAUCAAUGUUCUUAAGAUCGGCUUGAUAGGUCAUAGAAAAAGAAUUCUUGCAUCACUUGGAGACAGACUACACGAAGACACGCCACAGAAGCCCCCACGAGCUAUUUCCCUCAGGGAGCCCAGUGGGAAUCACACUCCUCCUCAGCUGUCUCCGUCUCUAAGUCAGGCUUAUCCCAACGCCGGCUCACUUGACGUACAGCACCUAAUCAUGCAGGCAGACGCCAGGCGCCGACGCAAUGACAACUACUUCGAGGAUGUUCCACGCUCCAAACUGGAGAGGCAGAUGGCACAAGUCAGUAUGCAAGGGGAAUGGUGUGAACCGAUCACAUUGAGACCGCCCAACGAGGCGACAUCAUCCACUCCUGUACAGUACUGGCAGCACCAUCCUGAGAAGCUCAUAUUCCAGUCCUGUGACUAUGAGGCAUAUUACCUGGGCUCCAUGCUCGUGAAGGAGCUGAGAGGAACCGAGUCCACACACGAUGCCUGCGCAAAAAUGAGGAAGUCUACAGAACAAAUGAAGAAAGUCCCAACCAUUGUCCUCUCUGUCUCUUACAAAGGAGUCAAGUUUAUUGAUGCAACAAAUAAGAACAUCAUAGCCGAGCAUGAGAUUCGGAACAUCUCAUGUGCAGCGCAGGAUCCUGAGGACCUCUCCACAUUUGCCUACAUCACCAAAGACUUGAAGUCCAGUCACCACUACUGCCAUGUGUUUACAGCUUUUGAUGUGAAUCUGGCGUAUGAGAUCAUCCUGACACUGGGCCAGGCAUUUGAGGUGGCCUAUCAGCUGGCUCUCCAGGCCAGGAAGGGUGGCCAUGGCUCGUCCACACUGCCUGAGAGUUUCGACAGCAAACCAUCCAAACCCAUCCCCAAACCACGCUCCAACAUCCGCAAAUCUAUGGAGCAGCCUUCAAUGGAGCAGAAGGGUCAUGGCAAUGUCCCGUGGAUCGUGGAGCCAGGACAGGAAGCCAAGAGAGGAGUCAACACCAAGGUAAUGCCGGACUCCCAUGUCUAUUACUGUGGAAAUCAAAGAAUGUAGCCAGCCCCCAACAUGGACCCUCUCACACACACAUUGCAAAAAAGGACAGCAAAAUACGGAGCCUAUGAGUGGCACUGGACUACAAACAUGGCAGAGCCUCUUGUGACUGAACCUUUGACAUAAAACUUGGUGUGCAAAGGACUACUGGUGUGAACCUCUGGCUUUUCUAUGAAGCACACAUACUUCAGUGGACUACAGAAUGGCAGGGAUGUAUUGAGUAUGAAUGCACACUUUACGUUACGCUACGUUACUUCGCUUCACUUCACUUCACUUCACUGGGCUCGGGCUCUGUUAUGUGGACCAUGUUGUGUGAGGGAGAAGGUUGGGGGAAAGGCAAGGUACCAUGGGAUAGGACAUAUACCGUACCAUGGUUACUCAUUUUGACAGACUCAUUUUGCCCAGUUCCAUAGAUCACAGUAACAACACUGGGACAAAACAAUGGACUUUCUGGUUUGCCAUGUUUUUACUUUUCACUCCUGUUUAAUUUCCCUUCAUUUGGUUUGAUCGUACAUUAUGAAUAUUAUGCACAAUGUGAAUGGAUUUAUUGCACUGGACAACCAUGAAAGUGACGUGUCUCAUGCCAAAAUCACUACAGAAAUGUUGUUGACGAUGCCAUGCCGAUUAGUACUCAUACUGGUAAAACAUUUUAAUGUCUAAUAUAAUUCUAUAUUGCCAUUAUUAUAAUCCUUAAUUGACUAUGUUAUUAUUAAUUAUUCUUCUUUUACAUGUGCAAUUCUUGUCUAAUGUUGUCUUGAUGUUAUAUUAUUUUUAUAUGACAUGUUGGACUCGAGAAGAAUAGCCAUCCUGGAAAAAAUAGUAUUGUACAAAAAGAAAAAAGAAAAAAAAUAACAGAAAAGGUGUGAAUGGUUCCACUCAAUUUUGCUUUCAGGUGAAAAGUCCAUCGUUUCUCAUGGGGCUGAUACACAGAUGAUACGCGGAUAUUUUAACUAUUUUAACUCAGUGUAACUGUAGAAUUUUUUUGCCACAGUUCUUCUGUACAUAAAUAUUUUCCUCAAUCAUUGUUCAAAUAUGUAAUGUAGUUUAACAUAAAAAAAGAAAGAAAAGGAAGAACGGGGGGAAGAAAAAGAAAAUAUCACACUGGUUAACAUAGUACCAAAUUUUAAAGGUCUGGUGAAAAUAUCAGUAAUAAAAAAAUUAAAAAAAAAAAAAAACUACAACAACCUUGUGUGAGAAAAGCGGAAUUGCUAACAUACAUGUACAUAGGCUUGGGCUUCCAGCACUCUGAUUUUCUAAGUUUGACCUUUAUUUAUAUCCUGGCAAAGCACAUGGAAUAAAUCAGACUUGUAUAACUGUU